AUGCUCCAAUCGAUGAAUGCGUAUUCGAUGUACAUAGAGCCAGAGCACAGGCAGAUUUUUUACGUGACGGCUCCAGAGUUCCUUCAUCGAAUGAGUCGCUUGGGUUUGAGUCUAGUUGAGAACACAGAGGAGGAAGAGGCAUUACUCACCUCUCUUCCUCGUUGUGAUCAUUCUGCUGGAUUUCGUCGCGAUCCUUCCUCCUGUUCAUUCCCUCCCGGCACUCUGGAAGAGAUGAGUUUUGAUUCAUCAUGUAGAGUCACUUCUGCCCACCGUACCGAUAGUACAUCGACAGACAGGGCCAAUGUAAUCUCCCAGUUCACGAAUGGAGAACGCAUUGAGGAAAGUGAAUUUUAA